CUCCCCUCGGCCGCUCCCCCGAGCCUAGCCCGCCGCGGUCAUAACCGCCCGCGGGAAGCUGGUGGCCGGGACCCCGAGGCGGGAGUGCGGGCUGGGCCGGGUUAGGCUGCGCGCGCGGGCUCGGCCGCCGCCCCUGCCGAAACCUAAUCUUGGCAAGCUGUGUACUAAUUCUAGUGAUGCUGUCACUGCUGAGAAUAAUUUUGGAGCUCCUGCUUUGGAGUUGCCUUCAGAGUUUGCAACACAUUUCCUGAUUGCCUCAGUGAUGGCCAACCUUCCUCAGCUGGGAAACAGCCAGAGUCUUGCUCUGUUGCCCAGGCUGGAGUGCUGUGGUGCGAUCUCAGCUCACUGCAACCUUCACCUCUUGGAUUGAAGCAAUUCUCCUGCCUCAUCCUCCCUAGUAGCUGGGAUUACAGGUUACAUUCCCUGUCCUGAGUACCCGGCUUGGAGCGUGGGCGAGCUGCAGCCAUGACAACCGCCAUCUUGGAGCGCCUGAGCACCCUGUCGGUCAGCGGACAGCAGCUGCGCCGCCUGCCCAAGAUCCUGGAGGAUGGGCUUCCCAAGAUGCCUUGCACUGUCCCGGAAACGGACGUGCCCCAGCUCUUCCGGGAGCCUUACAUCCGCACCGGUUACCGCCCCACAGGGCACGAGUGGCGCUACUACUUCUUCAGCCUUUUUCAGAAACACAACGAGGUGGUCAACGUCUGGACCCAUUUACUGGCAGCCCUGGCCGUUCUCUUGCGAUUCUGGGCCUUUGCCGAGGCUGAGGCCUUGCCAUGGGCGUCUACCCACUCCCUGCCACUGCUCCUCUUCAUCCUGUCGUCAAUCACUUACCUCACCUGCAGCCUUCUGGCGCACCUUCUGCAGUCCAAGUCGGAGCUCUCCCACUACACCUUUUACUUUGUGGACUAUGUUGGCGUGAGCGUUUACCAAUAUGGCAGUGCUUUGGCUCAUUUCUUCUAUAGCUCUGACCAGGCCUGGUAUGAGCGGUUCUGGCUUUUCUUCUUGCCAGCAGCUGCCUUCUGCGGCUGGUUAUCCUGUGCUGGCUGUUGCUAUGCCAAAUAUCGUUACCGGAGGCCUUACCCAGUCAUGAGGAAGAUCUGUCAAGUGGUGCCAGCAGGGCUGGCCUUCAUCCUAGACAUCAGCCCUGUGGCACACCGUGUGGCACUCUGCCACCUGGCUGGCUGCCAGGAGCAAGCAGCCUGGUAUCACACCCUCCAGAUCCUCUUUUUCCUGGUCAGUGCUUAUUUUUUCUCCUGCCCGGUGCCUGAAAAGUACUUCCCGGGUUCCUGUGAUAUCGUGGGCCAUGGACAUCAGAUCUUUCAUGCCUUUUUGUCCAUCUGCACGCUCUCCCAGCUGGAGGCCAUCCUCCUGGACUACCAGGGUAGGCAGGAGAUCUUCCUGCAGCGCCACGGACCCCUGUCUGUCUACAUGGCCUGCCUCUCCUUCUUCUUGUUGGCUGCUUGCAGUGCUGCCACCGCAGCCCUUCUGAGGCACAAAGUAAAGGCCAGACUGACCAAGAAAGAUUCCUGAGGGUAGCACGUGGGUCAAGGUGUGGAGGCAACCCCUCAUAAUUUGGAGAAAACUUGAUACAAUAGAAGUUGACUUUUAAAGGAUUGGCUUUUAAAUUAAUAGAUAUAUCCAAGGAUAUGUUAUAGCUACAGUGUUUGAAAGCCAAAGGAUUUCAGAGUUUUGUUGGUAAUAAAAGGAAUACUCCUUUUCCUUUUGGAUCAUAGCCUUGCAAGGCACAGGAAGGGAAGGGAUCUUGGCUAAGAUUCAUGAGACACUGAAUUAAGGAGAAUCAUCUUCAUGCCUGAAAAUUUUGAUUGUGGCCUCCAAGGGCAAUUCCUAGAGCAGAAAGGAUAAUAAAAUUGGACUGGAAAGUAAGUAGGUGGUGGGUCCGCACCCUGUUGGAAUGGCUAUCCUACUAUGCUGGUCUUUGGUAAUGGAAUAAAUUGACCCAAGGACCAAAUUUCAUUUAGAUUUCAAAUUGUCCAGGGUGGAAAAGCUUUCAGUUACUCAGUUCAUCUGAUUUCUGGUCCUUCCUUUCUCACCAGCUAUAAUACUAACCCUUUUCUCAGGAUAACUGUCUACCUGGCAGUUUUCUUUGAAGUGUUGCUCACUCCCAUCCCUACCUUGCAUGGUCAUAUAAAGGACUAGGAAGCAGUCAUACUUGCAGGAAAUGCUUGGAUUUAUGUGGACAUUCAGGAAGCUUAUUCUCAUAUAAUACUAAUGUAGACAGUACUAGAAAUUACAGUGCCCACAGUCACCAGGAGGCCCAGCCAAUAAGCGUAGAUACUGUAUGAUGUCAUGGGACCCUUCUGCUUUAUACCAGUGGACUACAGGAUUACUUGAGAGUUAUCAGGGCUGCCUUACAAGCCAAGAUAUCAGGAUUGCACCAGGGAAUCUGCAGAUAUGACCAGCAUGUUUUAAAAGCUCUUGGUAGGAUCAGUUGGUUCUAAGGGUCCCUCUAGGGACGUCAUUAUUUCAAGAGGAACCCAGGGUCCACCCUCCUACAUAGAUGGUGCCCCAUGAAGAACCCACAUAACUAACCUGGUUCAGGGUUCUCAGGCAGGCAGUUCUGCCUCAGCUUAGAGCAGAAUUCUUAAAAUACUCAAGUACUGGGAUAGGCAAGUAUGUGUGCUUACUGUGGAUCGGUCCCUGAAGGUUUCUUUGGGUGAGGACAUGGUUUGUUUGGAGCAUUGCUGCCCACAAGCUUCUAUGGGAUAGGUGGUGCUUGGGAUUGAUGUGUUCUGGCCAUGCAGCCCUCCCUGAGGAUUUACUCCUGCACUAAUCCAGUGAAGGAGGCUGUGUCAAAAGAAGGGCUCAGAAGGCUUCUUUCACAGGCAAUGAUUCCUAUCAGUAUCAGGUCCCUUAUUUACUAAAAUGGGAUGUGAUUUAACUCCAGUUUGAUGAACCUCCUCUGAGUUUACUUUGUUGUCCUUGAAUCUUUUGUUUUCUUCCUUUCUCUGAGAUUUGUGGGUUUGGUGCCUUAUAAAUGGAAAUGUGUGAAUACUUAAUAUAUGCCCAUGUAGAAUUUUCUGUUUUGGGUUUUUGGAAUUAGAAAAAAUAUACAUUGCUCUUCAACUAGUGAAUGAAACUUCAGAAAGCUAGAAUUGCUUAUCAAUCAAAAGACUUUCUCAACCUGUAUUUUGGCCACACACAAAAAUGAUACUCAGCUGAAGCUUUCCAAUAAUCUUUAUAGCAAGAAAGCAUGUGUCUUGUCAGCUACAUUGUUUUCUUAGAUAGAUUUCUCCUGUUAAUCCUCAAAUAUCUGAACUUCUGUGCUACCCACGUGUCUUAUACAAGUUUCUGGUGUCUAGGCCAAAUUCAUGACAAAUAAAAUUAGCAAAACUGAACUGAGCUGAAUGGAACAAGAGGAUGGGGAAAUUGUGCAAAUAUGUUGGAAGUAGAUUUAAAUAGGGACUAGAAAGUGUUUGAAGUUUUCAUUAUGGAUUCAAAGACUGUAUUAUUUUGAAAGUUGGAAGGAGAAGGGAGGGAAGAGCAGAAGGGAAGAAGGUAUAAGUCAAGCUCUUGAAUAUAACUGGUGGUAUUGUGGGCAGAGAUCUUUAGGUCAAAUCCGGCUAUUUUUAGAAAGACAGAACCGGAGGUAGAGUAGUGAUCUUCAGAUGCGUGCAUAGACCAGUGCCAAUCUGAACGUUAAUGACCUGUGACAUGAUGAGCACAGGAAGAGGCAUCAAGAUAUUGCCAUACAAUUUCAAUUUAUGAAAGUAUUGGUCCCUCAAGUGGCUGGAAUUUUUUUUUUGAAAUGUCUUUCUGAGACAGGGUCUUACUCUGUCGCCCAGGCUGCAGUGCACUGGUGCGUUUAUGGCUGGCUGCAGCCUCGAUCAACCUCCCCAGCUCAAGCAUUCGUCCCACCUGAGCCUCCUGAGUAGCUGGUACUACAGGAGCAUGCCACCACAUCUGGCUAAUUUUUGCAUUUUUUGUAGAGACAGGGUUUUGCCGUGUCUCGAACUCCUGAGCUCAAGUGAUCCGCCCACCUCAGCCUCCCAAAGUGUUGGGACUAUAGGCAUUAGCCAUCAUGCCCAGCCUAGAAAGUUUUUUAAUAGGAGAUAUUUGAGAGGCAUUGAGAUAGGAGACUCUAUGACAUGCCCUCAGAACACCAGAAUCUUACUAGAAAUAAACAUAGGAAAUGCAGAUAUUUUUAACUACUCAGACUUUCUUUUGAGGAAUUACUUCUUUUAAAACAUUUUUGUUUAAGUUAGUGUAUCAGUAAGACACACACCUAGUUUAAAAGGAAUAAUUAACAAUUUUAUAAAGGAGCUGGCUGUCUUAUAUCACUGUAGCCCCUCUAACAGUUCAUAUCUACUGGAAAUCCUGCUAGUUAACUUUCUCUCAAUUUAGACUUUCAAUCUAUGAAAAUGUAAAUACCUUUGAAAAAAACUAAACUAUCACUCAUUUAUAUCUUCUCAUGAAUGAAAUGCAUUGUAGGGAGAGGAGACGGCAGGACACAGCAAAUUAGGGACACAUUUGCCUGCUUCUCUCUUGCCUAAUUCUUCCUGACCUGUAUUUACUGAUGAGCUAAUAAUACUUGUAGGACUCUGCGGGGGGGGGGGGGGGGGGGGGCUCAUUUCCCAUUUCAGCUGAAAGUACUUCACUCAAUAACAAUAUUCUCAAGAGUCUUCUACUGGAAGCUUGAAAGAAAUAGGACUUUACAUCCGUAGAAUGAAGGUAUUUAUUCCUUCCUCUGUUGCCCACUUGUUCACAAAAAGUACCUUUAUGCUUGAAAACAGGUUCUUUGGUUACUGCACUGUAGUUUCAAAUGGUUCCUCCAGAUGGCAUUCAUGUCUUACUCAGAAAGGGCACAGCCGUUGUCCCCAGGGUUUCUGCUUACUAAUUCUAUUGGUCUUGUGUUUGCUUGAUUGCUUGGCAAAGAAAAAAAUGGAGCUAUUUUCUGUCUAUAUAAAUCUACUUAUGUGAAAAACCAUUAAAGUGAUUUUGUAUAUGCA